GCAUUGCGACCGAAGAACUUGCUGUCAAAUUUUAUUCUAUACUUAAUUAUAAUUUUCUUUUAUUUUAUAGAUAGGCUAGUAUUUUGCCUAAAUAUCAAAUUGUUAUCUGUCCUUACUCAGUUUAUGUUUGUUUACAUAUCUCCGUGUUUAAAUAACAAUAGUUUAAAAAGAUUAAUUAUAUAUAAUAUAAGUUAUAAAAUAAUCAACAUUUCAGAGUAGGUCAAGUAAUCAAAAGUUUUCUUAGAAAAGUUGUUAACACUGGACUUUAGUAGGCUAGGAAGCCUAUUUUAAUUAGCUUUAGAUUCAAAGUCAAUCUGAAAUAGGGAUGGUCGAAAUGUGGGUUAACACUAAACCUGCUUUAAGUGCUCUGGAAUCAAAACUUAAGUGUCGAAUUUGUAAAAAGUUGCCAGUAAAUCCACAUAUGCUUUGGUGCACGCACUCAUUUUGUAAAGAUUGCAUCCUAAGAAUGCGGUCAUGUCCCGAGUGCAGUUUUACUGUGAUGGCACAAGAAAUCGUUCCUGAUGUGAUGAUGAUUAAGAUGUUGGAUUUGAUGAAAAUUACUAAUGAAAUCACAAAAUGUAAGAACGUCGAAAAAAGUGAGGAUAUCAAAAAGACAAAAGAAACAUCAAGAAAUUCAACUGCUAGUUUGGAAGAAAAUUGUAUUAAAAAUGGUUCUAAACCUAUUAAACCUUCAACAAAAGCCAGUACUGAAUCAAUUGAAGAAGGUGUCAGUAUUAAAAGUAAUCAAACAGAAAUUAAAACUCCAAAAAGAAAUGUGAGAAAGUUGCCCAAUAGCCAUUGCACACCAACACAAGAUUCAAAGGAAAGGAAAAGGUGUGUUGUUUCAUCGAAAAAAAUGAAAACAGAUGCUUGUAAAACAGGAACUCUCACCCCAAAAGCACCAUCUAAAACCUCAAAUGUGAAAUCCCAUGUUUUGUUUUCUGCUAAAAAGUCUCAAAGUACAAAUAAAGUUAAUGUAAAAGGUGAAACACCAUUACAAAUAGCUUGCAGACAGGGGAAAUUGGACUUGGUUCAGCGAUUACUGAGAGAAGGUGCAGAACCCAAUGUAAAAGAUUAUGCAGAUUGGACUCCGCUGUGUGAUGCGGUCGGUCAAGGACAUCUGGAGAUAGUGAGAGCACUGCUGGAGGCUGGGGCAGCAGUGAACACUCCGGCUAAUCAGAAUACCACUGCACUCGUGGAAGCAGUGGUGCGCAAAAACAAGAUCAUGGUGCAGCUUCUUCUGAGACAUGGAGCAGACAUGCAUCAGCGUACUGUACUCAACAACACAGCCCUAUCCAUAGCAGAUGAUGAGAUGAGAGCCUUGAUGUUAGCUGAGGACAAGGUUGCCAUCUGUCCACACCCAAGAAUAAUUACUGUCCCAAGAGCUGUACUCACCAUCAAACUCCAGGAAGAUCACACCAAUCAAGUCAUGAGUCUUUGCAAGAAGUUCAAUCUCACUCUAUACACUACCUUUACGGAUGAUGUGACCCACAUCAUUGUGGAGAAAACAUCACAGAACACGUGUCAAGGGUCAAUGGACGUGAUGAUGGGGAUACUGCGUGGUUGCAGUGUGGUGGGAGUGGACUGGGUCUCGGCAUGUCUGGACACCGACUCUCUGUUGCCUGUUGACAACUACCAGCCAUGUGGUACAGACGAUCUUCCUGACACCAAUGUCUUUCAUAAAGCCAGACUCAACAGGGAGUCCUUGUUGCCUCGUCUGUUUGACGGCUGUCACAUUUCUCUACUGCAGGAGAUGACAUGGCCGGCCCUGCGCAGACGCGAUACAGUGGACUUAAUACAGGCUGCAGGUGCCAGGUACCAGGCUCGGCCAUGUGAUGCUGAGCGUAUCCCCUCCAAUGAGCAGACCGUCAUGUUCCACACAGAUCCAAAGUCGCCCCUCGGAAUGGUCAGCCACAUCAUCCUCUACCAGCCUGGCCCUAACGAACCCAAGCUCAAGUACAACAUGAAGCAUGUCAAAUCGUUCUCGUUCUUUUGGUUUCUGCAAUGUAUUAAAACAUUCUCAGUUGAACUGUGAGCUAAAUGGAGUCCAGUUUAUAGCAUUAAAACUGUUGGAGCAAUUUAUUUCAGUCAUUAAAACACAGACAUGUACAGUAAAUUCUCUUUUGUACAUGGACGGUUUAUCUGCUUUUGUAUUACUUAUAGUGCCUGUGGUAUAAAAACAUUUACAUCAUAAAAUACAAAAAAUAAGUUUUAAAACUUAAAUAUCAGAAAUAAUUAAACUAUUGUUUUUUAAAUACUGUAACUUAAUAAAAUUGAACUAAAAUAGUAGAGUAAUAAACUGUGAUGUUGUAUAGUAUAGUGUUGUGUUUGCCUGUAUUUUUGUUGUAUGAGAAACCUUACAUGUGACUGGCAGUGUGGCAAGAUUAUUAUUUAUAGACUGCACCUGUUGGGGUGAAUCAUCCAGAUUUUGUAGUUGUAAAUACUGUUUGUUCUUCUAAUAUAAUACAUAUUACUUGAGUUCAAGUUA